CCUUAGUUGAGUCAUCACAAUCACAACACACAUCACACACAGACCAUAUAUAAUAGUAUUAUAUUAUUUUUACAUUUACUUAUUUACAUAUAUACAUACAUACACCGCUCAGGAUUUUCAUAAAAUCUCCUCCGGCCUGUGUUUUCCGUCCAGAAAUCUUGGAAGGAAAUAAUUGUUAUUAUCAGUAUGGGGAUAUUACACGAAGACGUAGUGAUAAUAAAACAAAGCGAGAAAAAAGACGAAGCUACUGUCAUUACUAUCAAUUGUCCCGAUAAAACCGGCCUUGGUUGUGAUCUUUGUCGCAUUAUUCUCUUCUUCUCCCUCACCAUCGUUCGCGGCGAUGUAUCGACGGAUGGAAAGUGGUGUUAUAUAGUGUUUUGGGUACUUGGGAAACCCAGCACGCAGUGGAGUUUAUUGAAGAAGAGACUGUUGGAGGCCUGUCCUUCGUGUUCUGCCUCUAACACACUCAUAUACUAUCCAGCUGAGUUGCAGCCACCUAAGCCACCAGAUGUGUUUUUACUUAAGUUUUGUGGGCAUGAUCGUCAAGGCUUAUUACACGAUGUGACGCAUGUUCUUUGUGAGCUCGAGUUGAUUAUUCAAAGGGUGAAAGUGUCGACUACACCAAAUGGAAUGGUGAUGGACUUGUUUUUCAUCACUGAUGCCAGGGAGCUACUACAUACAAAAACCAGGAAGAAUGAUACAUAUGAUCAUUUAAAAGCUGUUGUUGGGGACGCCAUGGUGAGUUGUGAUAUAGAAAAGGUGGGCCCUGAAAUUACUGCAUGCUCUCAAGGCCCGCCAUUUCUUAUUUCUCCUGCAAUUACAGAAGAUACUUUCAACCUAGAGAUGCUCGAUCUAUGUCAAAACGGGUCAAGCCAUUCCAACAGUGUCUCGGUCAUGAUUGACAACUCUCUCAGUCCUGUCCAUACACUCAUCCAAAUUGUUUGCCGUGAUCACAAAGGUCUACUAUAUGAUAUAAUGAGAACUUUGAAAGAUUACAACAUCCAGAUUUCAUAUGGACGAUUUACAACAAAAGGGAAAAAGGAUUGUGAAAUUGACUUAUUUAUUAUACAAGCCGAUGGAAAGAAGAUAAUUGACCCUAGCAAACAGAAUGCAUUAUGUUCGAGAAUUCGUAUGGAGUUAUUUCGGCCACUUAGAGUAGUUUCGGUGAAUCGUGGUCCUGAUACUGAGCUACUUGUUGCAAAUCCCGUGGAAUUAUGUGGAAAGGGUAGACCCCUUGUGUUUUACGAUAUUACUCUUGCUCUUAAGAUGCUCAAUACUGACAUUUUCUCGGCAGAAAUUAGUAGGCACAUGAUUGGGGGAAGGGAAUGGGAAGUUUACCGUGUUUUACUCGAUGAAGAGGACGGAUCCUCUGUGCCAAGAAGAAAGAUUGAGGAAGCGGUUUGGAGAAAUUUGAUGGGUUGGGAAUGAAGAUGACAUGAUAUGAGAUCUGUCCCAACUCCCAUACUCUCAUAACAGGUGCAUAUGAAAACUUAGGCAUAAAUGCAUUUGUGAAAAGUUCGGUCUUAAUCAAAAUUCUAGGCUUUUCGUCCCAAGUCCCAACUUUUUCUCUAGGCCGAUGAAAAGCAUGAUAUGAUCCUUUUACCUCGUACUCUCAUAACAGGUGCAUAUGAAACUUUAGGCAUAUAUGCAUUGUGAAUAGCUCAGUCUUAAACAAAAUUAUAGGUUUUUCGUCCCAACUUUUUCUCUAAGCCGAUGAAAAGCAUGAUAUGAGCUCUUUACCUCAUACUCUCAUAACAGGUGCAUAUGAAAACUUAGGCAUAAAUACAUUGUGAAUAGCUCGGUCUUUAUCAAGGUUAUAGAUGUUCUGUCCCAACUUUUGCUCUAAGCUGAUGAAAAGCAAUGAAUAGUAAUCAAAUAGGAUGGGUGAAAUGGACAUCUCGCUGGUAUUACAAUGUAGGAUGUAGUUGCAAAGAAGGAGAUGCCAUGAUAGGUCCUGCCAUGCUUGCAUAUAAUAGAUUCUGUAUAUACUCCAUGAUACACUAGAAACACAAAAUGAGAACCAGUGGUUCAAGGUUCCGGUGGUACUGGUGUUUCGGCUUGACGUACAACACGGUUGUACUGUUGUUUACUAGAGUCACGUGUUUAUGCUUUAGGCACAUAUCAUAUGGAUACGAGUUACUAUUUACUGUAUAUGGAAUAUGUUGAAAGAAUACUUUUAUUAGCUGAUGUAAAUAUAUGGUGUGUAUGUACGUAUGGGCCUUCCGCUUCUAAAGUUGUCUUUUUUGUUUCA